AUGGUGGGUUCCUCCUGUACGGGGCAGAACGCCCUGUUGGCCCUGCCGUCCAAAUCUUGGACGGACAAACGUAGUGCAGACAAUUACUCGCUGCCGAAGAAGCUCGUGUAUGACAAGGAAGGCUUGUUGAAAAAGUCGGGGGGCGCACGUGGACUGUUCGUUUGGAAAGUCACCAAGGCCCGUCGUUUGUCCGUAACUCUGGACCGUCGGCAUUUGGUCGUCACGUCGCACCGCAUCCGUUCGGUGCGGGAUUUGGUGCAGGCCGCAACGGGACGCGACGCGUCGAUCAAGCAGAUACCUUUCGCCGUCGUAGAUCGAAUCCAGCGUGGGCCCCACACGACACGCUUUCGGACGGCAGAACGCAACAACGGCGCCACCCUCGUUCGGAGAGCCUACGCCCACACCGUCGACAGCUUGUCGAUCGUCUACUACUCCUUCGACACGAACGCCUUGGAAACCUUGGAUAUCAUUGUCCCCAAUGACGUGACGUUUGUAGUGAUUCUCACCGCUCUUGAGGAUUUGUUGGCGCUCGCACGCACGGAGCGUGUGCGUUACGUCCACUCGAUUGAUUAUUUGCACUAUCAGUGGGCGCGUUUGGGCAAGCCCGUCCGCGACGCCCUCGCGCUUAACGAAUGGAACGGCUGGGCCGAGUCUGUCGGUGCCACCUUGCCCAAGGCGGAGCUCGCCACCAUGUUUCGGGAAGACUGUGACAUGCUUGGUCACGCGGACGAACGCCUGCCUCUGCCUGCCGUCGUCCUACUCCUCGAGGACGUUCGGGAAGCCCAAGCCGGUGGAUCCAUGGAACAUCAUCCCCUCGAGGCUCUCUGGAUUGUCCUGGUCCGCACCGACCCCGUACCUUUUGCGGGUGGCAACAACCAGGCCGGGGAUGUCUCCCGCAACGCGGAUCUCCGUGACUCCGAAGAGAGUAUCUCCACCGUGGCCUUUCUCUCUUUUCUGCGCAGUCAACAGAAAGAAUAUCAAAGUAGUCUCGAACAGGUGGCCGAUCUCGUACGUUCCUUGAACGUCCAGCAAACUCCCGACGAACUUUUGAACAAAAAAGCCCGACAAAAAACGAUGCAGUCCAACGGUGAUCGCUUGGCCCGGACCCGCUUCUUCAGUUUUCUCAUGUCCGACGCCAACGACCUCCUCGAUCCCCUUGACGGACAACUCGGCGUCCAGGACAUGACGCGACCCCUAUCCCACUACUGGAUCAACACCAGUCACGACACUUUUCUUGCCACCACCGCACACAGCUUGGCCGGAAAAUCACGCUACGCCAAAACCGAGGCUGGUCCCGAAAAGGUCGACGGACAAAUGUACCUCACCGCCCUCUUCCGCGGCGUCCGCUGUCUCGAAUUGGACGUUUGGGAAAACGAGCUUUUAGAGCCGGUUCUGGCGCGUUACCAGCCAAUCGGACUGAACUACGAAUUUGCCGUGCCCUUGGAUGACGUGCUACGGGAUAUUCGCUUUUUCUUACGGGAGCAUCCGUACUCCUUCCCAAUUAUUCUCAAUAUCGAGAAUCAUUGCUCGACGGAAGGACAGUUAAACGUGGCCAAACUGCUUUACAAUACGCUGGGAGCCGCGCAGCUUAUUCUCGAACCCGAAGGGGAGCUCCAUGACUUUGCGACGCUCCCUAGCCCGGAAGCGGCCCGGGGCAAGGUCAUUGUGCUGGCCAAACGGCCCAAGGCUCUCGUCACCGGCUGCAAAGUCCGGAACGACGAUUUCGACGACGAGAAUCAUACCUACCAACCUUCUUCGCACACGAACGACACGUCCGUCGUUUCCUUGGAAGAUGACGACGACGCCACGGUGGGCACCACUAUUGUUGGCUUCAACUCACAGGGACCCAUCAAAGCAAAGGAUCCGCACGCGCCGGUACCGUCCGCCGCCGAAAUAGUGGCAACAGCCCAACUGGAAGCCGCCCAAGCCCGUAGCGAUGCACAAUACGCCCAAGAAAAGGCCGAAGCCUUGGACAAGUUGGCGGAUCAGAAGGAGACGGAAACGUCCAUCUUGACAGCCAAGGCGGGAAUGACGGCAACCGAAGUCAAACGACGCGCGGCCGCGGCGGCCGGUCGCUCCUUCGACAAAGGCGCCUACGACGCGGACGACCGUCCCGAAGGAAAGGUUCUUAAAGAAGAAGGUAUCGAAAUGCACGAAAUCCUGCCCGGGGUUGUGCAAGGCGGACGCGAUCAAUAUGCCCGGACGGCGCAAGAGGCCAUGGAAGCGGGUAACCGCGUUGCCGUCUGUUUCACUCGGUACAACCAAGCCGAGGCUGCCCUCUUUGAAGCUAGUCAAAAUUUUGAGCGCGCUCGCGGUCGGGAACAAGCGCUUGCGCAAGAAGCGCAAAAGGCGGCGGCAGAAGCACGGUCCCACCGCGAAUUUGCCGAUUCCGCCCGCGUAAGGGUGGAGCAGGUGCGCGAACUCCAACGCAAUGCUUUGGAAAAUACGUCCAGCGCUGGGAACGUAGUGGUCACGGCAAUGACAGAAGCCAAGAUUAGCGAAAAACGAGCGGCAGACGCCGAAGCGCGCGCCGAGCGGGCGAAAGAGGCCGCUGCUAGGGAUCAACAAAGGGCCGACGAAGAGACAAGGAAAGAAGAAUCCCUCGAAAAUGAAGUGACGGAACUUCACGCGCAAUGUUCCGAAGCGUCGGAGGCCGCCAAAGCUGUUCGGGAACGCGUAGAAAAGGCUGCCACCAUGCUGGAUCGGGUGAACGAGCAGAUCCACCUUAUCGAAAGCAGCAGCCAAUAUCGAAAGGAAGUGGCCGAAGGUGUCAAGGGAGGGGCGAGCGUUCGCCACGGUGGAUCAUUUGUGGCUAAGCACUCGUCAAAAUUGGAGGAAAGAGAAAUAUGUCGCGACCUUAUCAGAGAAGCUUCAGAAGAGAAUGCCACGGCGGAAGCUCGUCGCAAUCGCAUUUAUGCGGCCUUGGAGGAUAAAAAUCAUCUUUGGAACGAACAGAGGGAGGUAGUUGCGCAGGCCAGGAGGGUUGCUGAUCGUAGCACACAUGCUGCGGAAGAGCUUGCGGAGCACGCGGAAGAAGAGCGAGAGGCUGCCAUGCUUCGCUAUACUGCUCGCCAGCGAGCAGAAGCUACCGCUGAAAAUCGUGACUCACACACGCAGAGUCUGCAAACUCAGCUAGAAGAAGCCGAGCGUGCUUCCACCGAAGCAGCAAAUAUCGCUGUGCAGUCUCGAAAGCUGGCAACGCGACUCUUAGCAGACGGUGAAAAGGCCAAAGACCUCGACCAUUUUGUACGAACCAUGAAAGAGGCUGAGGGGGCGAGAAAUAAAGCAAAAAUUGAGUACGAUGCCGCGAAGCUAGAAAAAGACCGAUGCAACGACAGAAUGAUGGAAGAAAAGCGCCGACUCGAUACGAACGCCGAAGUUUUUACUCGAGCGCAACGAGCUGCAGCCGACGCUGUUGAUCGGAUUCAGUAUGAGCAUCUUUAUCAACAAGAAGCAAUCGUGGCGUACAAUGAAGCCCUCAUGUUACGGUCGCAAGCAGAAGAUGCAGCCCGACGUUCUAAAGCGAAUAUGGCAAAGGCUGAUGAGAAGGCAAGGGCUGCGCAAAGCGCUUCCGAGUACAAGCGAUUGACAGACCGUGUGGUGGAGCUGCCGACGAAUCUUGCUCGGCUUUCCAUGCUUCAUCGCUUGAAGUUCCAGAAUUGGGAAAAGAGUUUAUCGUUGUCAGCUGCUCAUUGUAAGAAUAUCAAGGCUUUCACCCAGAAUCACUUAUGCCGAGUAUUUCCAUCCUGGAAUGUCCUUCCCUCGAAAAUGUUUACGAAUUAUGAUCCAAUAUUUGCUUGGUCGAUGGGCUGUCAGUUGGUCCCAAUGAAUUUUCAUUCGGCGGAUGAACGAUUAUUUGUGGCUGAUGGUCGGUUUCGGACAAACGGGUCUUGUGGCUACGUACUCAAACCUAGCAGCCUCGCAGAGAAUAAUACAAAUUCCGUUGAAAGCGAAGAAUGGACUUUGGAGGUCCUAUGUGGGUCGAAUAUUCCAAUCAAGAAGCCAAAGGGCACCCCGAAUCUCUUUGUGAAAGUCUCCUUGUUCGCAGGCUCAACCAUGAAAGACAAAAGUGCUUUCUACAAGACCAGCAUCCAACACAACUAUGCGAAUCCUGUAUGGGAAGGGAAUAAUUUUGUGUUUGCGGUGGAUAAUCCAUCUUUGGCCAUUAUUGUGUUUUCGGUGUGGGAUCAGAAUCCGAACGGCUUAGAGGAUUUCAUUGCCGCUGCAGCCUUUCCUGCUUCAUCGCUGCGAGAAGGGUAUCGUAGCGUUUCUUUGUUUGAUGUACACCAUUCUAGAUCUGGUCCAUUUGCGUUUGCCAGUCUUCUGGUUAAAGCGCUCAAGAGCUAGAUCAGUCUCUACGCCAUUUUCAUUCACAGUCAGUCAAAAACGAAAGAUUGGCGAACUGAGAUGCUUUACUGUUGGUAAAAUUAUGUAGUUGUAAGUCGUGCAAAAGGUAGUGACUUUUUAUUUUAUU